AGAAUAUGGAUGCUGGUCGUUUGAAAUAUUGAUAGGAAAUAUCGGUCGAAUUCACAUUCCCUGUUCUUUUCUACUCGAUAGGGUGAAGUUUCUCAGGUCCUUUCGGCUGAGAGAAGAAAAUGGGUUCGCAGAGUGCGCUGGAGGGCUCGACAUCAUGGAAGGAUAGGGGUUUCACCAGCACGCUUCAUCGAUUCUAUAGAGGGACGUUGUACCAGGCAAUUGUCCUCGGCCUGAUCAGUUUCACGCAACCUGGAAUAUGGACUGCCUUGAACAAUCUCGGCGCGGGAGGCGAGGCUUCGCCAUUUUUUGUGAACGCUGCCAAUGUCAUUACUUUUGCGAUUAUGGUGUUUUUCGCGCCAAUAUCGGCAGUCCUUGGUAACAGGCUGAAUAUCAAAUGGGUGCUUGUCUUUGGAACAAUAGGAUACGUGCCGUAUUCUGCCGCGCUGUACUGUAACAGCGUGUACGGAACGGAGUGGUUCCUACUUUUUGGCGCAGCAACUUGUGGUUUCUCGGCCGCUGCAUUAUGGGUCUCAGAAGCCGCCAUCGCGGUUGGCUAUCCCGAACUUAAAAAUCGAGGCUUUUAUAUUUCGAUCUGGCUUGCGCUGAACAAGAUUGGCCAGAUCAUAGCCACGUCCAUCCAGCUCGCCCUCAACAUUCAUGCCGACCAGAAAGGAAGCAUUAGUCCAAACACCUACCUUGUUCUUGUCGCGCUGGAAUGCCUGGGCCUUCCACUUUCAUUGACCAUUGCAGAGCCGCACAAGGUCAUUCGGACUGAUGGUACCAAGCCUGGAUUUGGCACAAAUAAGACUCCUAUUAAAAAGGGCUUUAAAGAUUUCUGGCGUGUAUGCAAGCGCAAGGAGAUUCUUCUUCUCGUUCCCAUCUUUAUCGCCGCUCAGUGGGGCCAGACAUAUCAAGGCAUCUACCUGGUGGCGUACUUUUCCGUACGUGGCAGAUCCUUGGCUGGCUUCAUUGCCUCGAUCGUCUCGACACUUACAGACUUUUUGCUGGGAUGGCUGCUUGACACCAAAGUCCUCCGUCGCUCGCUCGUGGCAAGGAUCAGUUGGAUCUUUAUUUUUGUCGCCUACACCGCGACGUGGAUAUACAAUUUCGUAAUGCAAAAGAAAUUGCAGGAGGAAAACGCAUCGCUCGACAUUGACUCGCCCGGCUUCGGCAAAGCUGUUGGUGUCUAUAUUUUGUACCGCAUUGGGUUCGAGGCGAUCAAUGUCUGGAUGUACUGGGUCCUUGGAACAUUAGAUGCCGACAUUGCUACCCUCGCGCUGUCCACAUCUCUCCUGCGGGCAGGAGAAUCGCUUGGAAGCACCUUUUCAUAUGGAGUUGGUGCAAGCAAGAGCGCGUCCUUGAUGACAAAUCUGACUGUCAGUGCUGUGGUCUUCUGGGCCAGUGUUCCCACCACCACAUGGUCCGCGUGGAAGGUAACCGAUGUCAAACCGGAGAGCGAGGACUUUGAUGCCCAGACUCAAUUCCCAGCAGAACAGUCUAUCGAGUCUAUUAGCAUUGAUGUCAACGGAGAUGCAAAAGCUUGAGCGCAAUUUCAUCAGUUAGACGAUAUAGACGGACGGGUUAGACAGGCCAUUUACGAUUCCGUUAUUCUUUUGUUACUUGAUGUUGUUCAACUUUAGUUCGCCAAAUAUCUAGGAGUUCGACUAAUAUACCCAAUGAGCAGCGGCACGUCAAUCUAUGGAUUAUUGCGCGAUCGCUGCCAAUACACGUUGUUCCAUUCACGAUGAUCGAGCUUGGGAAAAUAUCUUUCCAUACUUUCCAUAUAAUUCGUUAUUUGAAUGCCCUUGGUCACAGACCUGGAUGAUGAUGGACGGUUAGAUCAGGUUGUCCUAGGACAUCUCGCGGUCGCGACUCAUGAAGUGAUGCUUACUAACCCAAUUCUUGGGUCGCAUGCUUGAGCGGUCAGCGGUAAAACCGUACCAACAUAAACGAUGCCGCUAUAGAUUCGAUUUUAGAAAUAAAAUGUUUAUAAAGUCGGACGUCUCAAUGCU